AUGGCCAAGAAAUCCUCACGCCAACCGGCGUCAAAAACUUCCUCCGCAGCAGCGCCCGCGGCCUCUGCUGCCACUGCUGCUGGCUCUAGAUCGUCCAUUCUGCGCGCUGCCUUUUCCCCGUCGGAGUACCAACUUGCGCUCUUUGCUUCCGUUAUCCAGGGCCUCGAUUCGCAACAUCUGCGCAUCCAUGAUAUCCACACUGGCGUGCUGCAGUGCGAGCAUGCUGUCACUCCGCGGGAAUCCAUCACAUCCUUGGAUUGGGGCUACUUCCCCAACCAGCGGGAUUCAAACACACCGAAGAAGAAGAGGAAGAGAAAUUCGAAUGUUCACGAAAACGGGGAUGCUGUUGUUGCCUUUGGUACAAGUUCGUCCGAGAUUCGCAUGUACUCGCCAGAGGAGGACAAAAUACUCGGCACUCUAACGGGAGCCCACGACGGAGGAAUCCGCGACUUCAAGUUUACGACUGGCAAAUCAGCGGCACAGGGCUGGAGUAUUGGUGGUGAUAAUAAGCUUGUUCAAUGGGACCUUCGCACUGGCCAAAGCAUCAAAACGAUACAUAUCCCGACAUCUUCUACCCCGUCUGCGCUUUCAAGACCAGCCCUUUCGACUCCCUCGGUGAUUUGUGCAUCCCAGACGCCUUUUAUCCUGGAUGUCGAAAACCCAGAAGCACAACCCUUGACCUUCCCGGCAAUGGCCAAUCCCAUUCACACGCUCUUUUCAUCAUCUACGAAUUUUUCCAAAGAUGACACUUUCCUCGCCGCUGAUAGCGCCCGCUAUGUCACGGUGUUCGACCCAGAGACAAAGGGAAUUGCCCACAGCUUGAUUGCGGAGAAUGAUGUGUUGGCCGUGUCUCUAUAUUCUUCUUCGGACGAAGAAGAUGCCCAGUCUAAACAAGUUCUUGCUGUUCUGGUAAAUGACGGUACUGUUGAAUUAUUCAACAGGCCGUUUCUCCAGCUCGGAAACUCAAAAACCACGAGCUUGAAGGCAAGGGCGAAGCAGAUGACUCGCAAGGCCGAUGCCGUGGUGAAAAUCGUUAACCCAGAGUCUAGAAAGGGAGUUUCAGUGGUCCAGACUAAUUUCCAGGGAUCAGAACUCUUUAUUGCAUGGGCCGAGGGUGGCGUGAAUGUGGUUUUUGAACGGGUGAACUGGCAGUCCAAAGACACUGAGGAGCUUGCCCUUUCAGGUGUCACUGAAAUCUCAGGACGUAAAUCCGGAUCGGUGCUUCACUCAACUACAGUCAAGGAGGCACGCAAUGCCAGUAAAUCGCACGUCAACGAGAAUAACGCCGCCGUUGACUCUGGUGCAUUCGCCGACGAUGUUGAGAUGAACGGUACAAACGACGAUGACAUUGACGCUAUUUCGAUAUCUGACGAGGGCGAUUCUUCCGAAGACGAGGCCAAGAAGCCUCAACAGCGACAAACAAACAACACUUUGACUAAUGGUGCUGGAAGCAAGGAUGAUGUAGAGAUGCAAGAUGCAGACUCUGGUGUCGAGGAAGACGACGAAGACGUUGGCGGAGAACCCAGCUUUGGAGAAUUGGCGCAAAGAAACUCGGCCAUUGACGUUGAGGCUGAGUUGGAGGAGGACAACACUGGCGCUGGGGCUUUGGUUCCUGGCACGUCAAGCAAAAAAGUCUAUCAGAUCCCAUCUGGUGUAUCCCUGUCGACCGUUCUUUCGCAGGCACUCAAGACAAACGAUGUCGAGAUGCUUGAAUCCUGUUUCCAUACUUCAGACCUGAACAUUGUCCGCGCAACCAUCCAACGAUUGGACUCGACGCUUGCAGGCACAUUGCUUCAAAAAGUUUCUGAGCGCAUGGCUUCUCGACCUGGCCGGUACGGACAUCUUCUUGUCUGGGUGCAGUGGACAUGCAUCGCCCAUGGAGGAGCCAUUGCCGGCAACGCCGACAUCUUGAAACGCAUGACCUCGCUGUACAAAGUCAUGGACCAACGAUCUCGCAGCCUCCCUUCCUUGCUUCUCCUCAAGGGCAAACUUGACAUGCUAGACGCCCAAGUCAACAUGAGACAGUCCAUGAGCGACACUCGCAAACACGAAGCCGACGACGAAGAAAUCCUCGAAAACGUCACGCACUACGCGGGCGUCAACGAUGACAGCAGCGAAGCCGGCCAACGUCGCAAACGCAAGGCCAUCUCGCAUCUCGAAGAAGCCGAUGCCGAGGACAUCGACGAGCUCCAGAACGGAUUCGGCUCUGAUCUCGACGAUGAUGAGGACGACGAAGGCAGCGAAGAAGACGCCGACGAGGACGCCGGUUUGAUCGACAUUGAAGCUGAAGAAUACGCUGGUUCUUCGGACGCAGAAGAAUCCCUCGAGGGACAUGAAGACGACGACGAUGAGGAAGAAGGCGAUGAUGACUCUGACGCAGGUAGCGACAUGGUCGACUUCAUCGCCGAUUCAGAAGAGGACGUGUCCGACGAAGGAGCCGUCCCUGCUCCACCACAGAAAAAGGCCAAGUUGGGUGGUGGUAAGAGUAGGAAAGGUGGUCGUUCAUGA